AUGCUCGCUACCAAAGCCAUCCUCGCCCUCGCUAUCGGCGCAGGUGUCGCUGCUGCGGCUGACAAGCCAGCCAAGCACGCGCCUGCCGCCGCACCUGCCUCCAAGAACACACCUGCCUCUGGCACAAAGAUUCCCACGGGUGUCAAGCUCAACGAUGCAGAUGCGAAGCCCUUCAUGCUGGACAGCCACAGCUACAAUGGCCUGAGGUCGGACGAUCAGUUUGGCUAUCUCUUCACCCACUUCACGUCGACCGACGAGCAGGUGUACUGGCACCUCAGUGACGGCGAUGACCCUCUCAACUUCUCGCCUCUAAACCACGCCAAGCCCAUCCUGAGAAACAACUUGGGAUCGAAGGCCGCUCGUGACAGCUUCAUAUGCAAGAACGAGUUCACGGGCAAAACGUACCUGAUCGCCAACAAUCAGUCGCUCAUCAGCCCACCUCAGGACUACCAGGCUGCCUACAUCCAGAAUUACACCGGCAUCGUCGUCUUCGAGGCCAAGAAUGAUCUGCUUACUGAGUGGUCGGCUCCUCACCUCUUGCCUAUUGCACCCAAGGAUAGCCUGCACGUCUUUGCGCCCGAGUGCAUCAGCGACCCGGCCAAGAAGCAGGUCCUGAUCCACUGGUCAGGUGCAACGGCCCGCGACCAGACUCAGCGCAUCUACGGCGCGUACACUACCGACUUCCACUCGGCCGACAAGCCCUUCCUCUACUUCACCGACGGCCCCAAUGGCGUAGGCGACAUGACGCUGUUCAAGCUCAACUUCGCCAAGGACAAUGCCAAGAACUCAUCGUACGUCCGCUUCUACCGCAGCGACGCGGACAAGUAUGCCGUGCGCGGCCAGAUCAGUGACAAUGGCCUCUUUGGCGCUUGGCGCGAUAUUCUCCCACUCAACAAGUCCGACCCCGUCACCAUUGAUCCCAACACGAACAAUCAGGGCCCGCUCGUCUACAAGACGCACCGCAAGGACCAAGACGAGUUCCUCAUCUGGGUCAAGGAUGCCGGAGAUGGGUACGAGGCCUACGAGACGGAGAAUAUCCGCAUGCUUCCGUACACGCGUAAGACUGCUCCUUACUUCCCUCAGAACUUUGAGCAGGGCCAAGUUAUUGGGCUUUGCCGCAAGCAGUACGAUGCUAUCAAGGCCAAAUUCUACAACAGUGGUCGUCGUCGCCGCGGUAUCAGGCUUGACGAGCUCGUCGGCUUGGCCGACGUGGCUUGA